GUGUACCGAAUGCUCCAUAUCCGGGUUCCCGCCGCCGCCGCCGCCGCCGUCGCCGUCGCCGUCGCCGCCUCGCUCAUUCAGCUUUGCGGGGAGUGGUGUGAUUCCCGACCAAGAUGGCGGCUGUGGGGCGAGUUGGCUCCUUCGGUUCCUCUCCGCCGGGAUUAGCCUCGACUUACACAGGGGGCCCCUUGGCUAACGAGCUAACAUCGGGCAACGGCGGCGCCGCAGCGGGAGACGACGAGGACGGGCAGAACCUUUGGUCCUGCAUCCUCAGCGAGGUCUCCACCCGCUCGCGCUCCAAGCUCCCCGCGGGGAAGAACGUACUGCUGCUGGGUGAAGAUGGAGCUGGAAAAACAAGCUUAAUAAGAAAAAUUCAGGGAAUAGAAGAGUACAAGAAAGGAAGAGGGUUGGAAUAUUUGUACUUAAAUGUUCAUGAUGAAGACAGGGAAGAUCAAACAAGGUGUAAUGUAUGGAUCUUAGAUGGAGACCUUUAUCACAAGGGCCUCCUUAAAUUUUCACUGGAUGCCAUUUCUCUGAAGGACACUCUAGUUAUGCUGGUUGUGGAUAUGUCAAAGCCUUGGACUGCUUUGGAUUCUCUACAGAAAUGGGCAAGUGUUGUUAGAGAACAUAUUGACAAAUUGAAAAUUCCUCCUGAAGAAAUGAAAGAAAUGGAACAAAAGUUGAUUAGAGACUUCCAAGAAUAUGUAGAGCCGGGAGAAGAUUUCCCAGCCUCUCCUCAGAGAAGAAAUACUGGGUCACAGGAAGACAAAGACGACAGUGUGGUUUUACCUCUGGGUGCGGACACACUUACACAUAACUUGGGCAUCCCAGUACUAGUAGUUUGCACCAAGUGUGAUGCCAUUAGUGUAUUGGAGAAAGAACAUGACUACAGAGAUGAACAUUUUGAUUUUAUUCAGUCACAUAUCCGGAAGUUUUGUUUACAGUAUGGUGCAGCACUUAUUUACACUUCAGUAAAAGAAAACAAAAAUAUAGAUUUAGUAUAUAAAUAUAUCGUUCAGAAACUGUAUGGAUUUCCCUAUAAGAUUCCUGCUGUUGUUGUGGAAAAAGAUGCAGUAUUUAUUCCAGCAGGGUGGGAUAAUGAUAAGAAAAUAGGAAUAUUACAUGAAAAUUUUCAAACAUUAAAAGCAGAAGAUAAUUUUGAAGACAUUAUAACUAAACCACCUGUCCGAAAGUUUGUACAUGAGAAGGAAAUUGUGGCAGAAGAUGACCAAGUGUUUCUUAUGAAGCUACAGUCCCUUUUAGCAAAGCAACCACCAACUGCAGCUGGAAGGCCUGUGGAUGCCUCACCAAGAGUCCCAGGAGGCUCCCCUCGAACACCAAACCGAUCUGUGUCAUCCAAUGUUGCCAGCGUGUCACCCAUCCCUGCAGGGUCAAAAAAAAUUGAUCCAAACAUGAAAGCUGGAGCUACAAGUGAAGGUGUCCUGGCAAAUUUCUUCAAUAGUUUGCUGAGUAAAAAGACUGGCUCUCCAGGAGGCCCUGGUGUUGGCAGUGGUAGCCCUGGAGGUGGGGCUGGAGCUGGAAGCAGUGGUUUACCACCAUCUGCCAAGAAAUCAGGCCAGAAGCCUGUCCUAUCAGAUGUUCACGCAGAACUAGACAGAAUUGCACGCAAACCAGUUACAGUUUCUCCUACAACACCUACAGCUCCUACGGAAGGAGAAGCUUCUUGAAGAUACCAAAUAAAGCCAUUUAUUCAGUUUUUUGGGAUAAUGUAAACUGGUCUCUGCCUUCUCCUUGAAAAGUGGAAUUAGGGAACUGGAGUGCUUUUUCAGAUGGACUAAAUUUCUUUCUUUUCUUUUCUUUUUUUUUUGUGGUUGCCCAUUUUUAUAAAAGGAAGCUAUACAGAAGAAAAAUUAUUCUACACUAUGUAGGAUUGCUGUUUGCAUUGCCACUUUGCAUAAGGAAAUAAUUUUGGAUUUUGAAAAACUCAGAAUUUAUAGAUCUGAAAUACAGCCAUGUGAUCAUACUCUAAAGGCUCUUUAAAACAUAAGAGGGUUUAGGAAAGGGCAGAAAAUAAUACGCUUUGGGCAUUUGACUGACUUGAAAGUCCAAGCUUAUUUUAGUUAAGACUAUUAAAAUCAUUUGAAAAAUUAUGUGUUAGUUUUGCUGGAAAAGAGAAAACGGUCAAUUGUCAGAUUUUCCACACCAACGUAAAUAUAACACCACACAUGGAAUAUACUGAGAAAACUAUCAGAUAGCAUUUUAUACACUAGUCAUUGUCUCAACCCACGAUCCUGUAAGUUCUCAUCAAAAUAUGAUUUUGAAAUAUUGGCCAAGAUUCAUUUCUUUAACUGAGAAGAAAAGAAAAGCACACUGCCUAAAUGCAUAAAAGAAAAAUGCAGAGGUUAUUAAAAUGUAAAGAGGUAACAGUCUUUGGAUUUGUCUAUCUAUAUCUGUAUCAAUAUAUAGAUAUAGAUAUAUAUAUGGCUCUGCCUUAAUAUACCCCUUUUUUGUUUGUGACUUUCAACUGUAAUCAGUUAAUAAAGUAUUUAUUCUCUGCA